AUGGCAGAUGUUUUGGGGGUUGGAGCAGAGGGAAGGACGACGAAGACGACGAUGCUGGGGAGAGAAUGCGUUGUGAAGGAGCGGGUCAAAAAGCGAUAUCGGCAUCCGACUCUUGAGGCGUUGCUGUCCAAGAGAAGGCUCAAUCAGGAAGUGCGAUGCAUGUUGAGAGCACGAAAGUGUGGAGUCGCAACGCCAUGCAUUUUCCAUGUUGACUAUGAAGAGGCGAAGAUCUUCAUGUCGUUUAUCAAGGGCAAGACCAUAAAAAGCUGGCUUCAGGAUCAGCCACCGCAAGAGGAUGUCGUAAAGCACCUGACUGAGAUGGGGAGACUGCUGGGAAAGCUUCAUGAUUCUGAUGUAAUACACGGUGAUUUGACCACAUCAAACAUCAUCUUGUCCGAAGACAAUACUCUCUGGUUCAUCGACUUCGGGCUGAGUUACGUAUCAAGUAUGCCUGAAGACAAAGCUGUCGAUCUCUACGUCAUGCAAAGAGCUCUCGAGAGCACCCACACCCAACAGGACCUCACAGAUAUCAUAUUGAAAGGGUACAAAUCUUCUAAGAAGCAACAGGCUACACUGAACAAACUCACUGACGUCCGGAUGCGAGGACGGAAGAAAGUGAUGGUGGGAUAG